ACGGCGGACGGCCGUAGUGCUCGCAUCGAUCGCGUUCGGCGCACGCAAGUCGCGGCAUAGAUCAUCGUGAGUCGUACCGCGCAAACUCCGCGCAUCGCUGCGAGCGUAACGGCCCCUCAGCAGCCAGGCUGCAGCACCCGAAAAAACAUGUCCUCAGCCGCGGAGCGCAGCCGUCGCCGCUGGUCGCUGGCACCCGUCACAAGCAGCACUAAUACUGCGAUCGCGACGACACCACCGCUCUCGGCCGCCGAGCGAGCGCUCGGGAACGCCUUCGCCGCGUGCGCAAGACGCGACGAGGAGGCGUGGCCGCCCGCGCGGCCCGCGGCAGGAAUCGCGGCGAAUGAAAUCAUCUGGCGCCUCGUGGCCCAGUUCUGCGACGCACGCGCGCUCUGCGCUCUAGGUGCGACCGCAACACCUCUAUACACGGCGUCGUGCGACGUCGUCCCGUUCCUCGCAAACGACGUGACUUUGUUCCCGCACCAAAGGCGCGGCCUGCGUUUUAUGCUUCGGAGGGAGAGAAGUGGCAAAGGCGGCGGGCUUCUUUGCGACGAGCCGGGGACGGGCAAGACCCUCACGGUCGUGGCGCUCCUGCUGCGCACGGCGCGGCUGCGCGCGGCGCGGCCGCCGGAGCCGGCGCGGCGCCUGAGCGGCCGCGUCAAUGCGCGCCUGGCGCGCCCGAAGGAACUCAAAGUGCGCCUCAAAGUAGGUGGCAAGACCGCGCCCGGGACUUUGAUCGCGCGCGACCCUGAGCAACGACGGCGCUGCGGCGGGACCCUGAUAGUCGCGCCCACGGCUUUGGUGCGGCACUGGCGGGACGAGCUGCUGCGGCGCGCGGGCGGACGAGCUGCUGCUGCGGAUGAAGUCACAAAGAAGCUCUGCUGCCUCCACGACGCCUACGGGUUCAUGUUUUUCGACCUCCACGGCCGGGAGUGGGGUAAUAACAUCGAGAGCGACCGCCCGCCCGACGUGCUGGUGGUGAGCGAAGAGCGCCUGUCGCGCGAGUUCAGAAGCGUCACGAAGAAGCGCUACUCGCUCGACGAUGACGCCGAGGACGCCGCGGACCAGAGUCCGCUCUUGAAGCACGCCUGGCGGCGCGUCAUCGUCGACGAGGGCCGCCACGCCGGCGACGCGGCGUCGACGAAUCGCCUGCGGCUCAUGUCGGCGCUGACGGCCGAGAGCGUCUGGAUCCUCACGGGCACGCCGACGCGCGGCGAGCGCGGCGAGGCGCGGAGGGGCGAGGCGGCACUGAGGCAAGUCGGUCGUUUGCUGCGCACGGUGCGAGAGAGUUCACAUGCAACGGACUUGGACGGCUCGCUGUGGCAGGCUAGGGUAGUGACACCCCUCGUCUCGGGAAGCGGCGACGCGGCCGCGGCCGGCGCGUUGCGCGACGCACUCCGAACGUGCUGCGUGUGCCACUCGGCUGCCGACCUGCAACUACCGGCACCCAUCAGGAUCGUGAGCCGCCUCCGACCGUCGCGCUCCGAGGCUCGCUCGCUGAACGCGUUCUGCGCGUUCGUCCAAGCCAAUUUGUACCUCACGACGCUCGAGGUGGCCGACGUCGCGUCGAUGGACGACGGCUACGGCGCGUCGCUGCUCAACCCGCGGAACCGCCGCGCGGCCAAAGAGGCCAUCGACAAUAUAUUGCUGUGCUGCGCCGGCGGCGGCGAGAUGGUUAAAUUAUCCAGACCUGAGGUGCUGGGCGAACUACGGUACCUGCGCGAGACAGUGUGGAAAUCAAAUUUCGGGCGCCCGACGCCAUCGACGCGUCGUUGUCCCAGUGAUGGCAUGGAGGUUCACAAACCACGCAGGCUCGAAAAGGUCCACAAAACUCCGCAACGGAAAACGGACCGCGCGGUGCGCUUCUUCGCCGACGAGACGUCGUCGCUGCCGUGCGCGAAGUGCGCCCUGUCUCUCUCGUUCUUGCUGGUCGCGCCGUGCGGCUGCCUGUACUGUCCCGAGUGCGCGGCGAAGGCGUCGCCCUCCGCCUGUGCGGUCUGCGCGAAGACCUUUGUCGACGUCGAGGACGACGUGUCCGACGAUCGCUGGGAGCAUCCUGUCGCGAAGCGCGCCGACGGCACGCUCCGGUGCCGCUUCUGGCGCGACACGGACGACGGCCGCACCAUCGGCUGCUCACACGUUCAUACGUCGUCGAAGAAGCAGAAAAUGCCGGGCGGAGAAGCGUUUGUGUGGCUCCAGCCCGGCGUCGAGCUCCAGUGGCGGGAGGCCGUGCUCGAGCGGGACACGGCGGCGCGGGCGGCGGCCUUCCAGGCGUCGGGGACGGCGUCCGCGGCGCCGGCGCGGACUCCGGCGGGGACUGCAUUCGCGGCGCCGGCUUGGACUCCCACGGUGGUGGACGACGCCCACACCAAGGCGCGGCACGUGCUCGAUCGGCUCGAGUCCGCCGUCGCCGCCUUCCGGUCAGGAGGGUCGCGGCCCGUGCGGGCCAUCCUGUUUGCCGAAGAUAGGAAGAUUUUGGAUUGGGUGGGCCACUACCUCAUCAUGCGACUUGGCCAAGACGCCGUCGCACAACACUGGGGCACUCAUAGAGCCGACGAGCUGCGCAAAUUCCGUAGCGGCCUGGUCGCGUACCGGACGUGCUUGAGCUGCGGCGCCGCGAGCGAGGACAAGUGCAAGACGUGCGGCCGGCGCGUGCUCGUGCUGACGGCCGUCGAGGACCUGCCGACGCGGGUCUUCGAGGAGAACGUCCGGGACCACCGCCUGGGACGCGUCUACUCCGUCGGCGAAACGGUGUCGCUCGUCGCGGGCGGUCCGCCGCGCAUCAUCCGGGCGAUCGCGCGCUGCGGCGGGACGUACGGGGCCGAGCGGACGCGCCAACUCGACCGCGGCGCGGCGCGCGUGUUGCUUUUGCACCACGACGGCCGUCACGGUUUAGAUCUGCCCUUCGUGACGCAUAUCUUCCUCUUGCGGACGAUCUGGGAGUCGGGAUACGAGAAGCAGGUCGUGUCCCGCGCGUGCCGCCUCGGUUGCGAGGGGCCCGUCGUCGUCGACCAGGUCCUCGCCCGCGGCACGGCCGAGGAGGCGCUCUUCGAUCGCGUCGCGUCGCGGGCCGCUCCGGCGUCCGAGGCGGAGAAGAUCGACUCGCUGCUGCGGGGCCUGCGGUUGUUGCGGUCGUGACCGCGUGUUGUUUAUAAGUACAAGUGUGUAAUCAAA